CACUUUCGAAUGUAAACAAUGGGAAACAUAACCUAUUUAGAUUCGUGCAGUAGUAAAAAAUGCAAUGUUACAAAUAUUUAAUUGUCGAUAAAAAUCACUGAGAAUAAUAUUUUUUUUCGAUAUUUUACAUUUUAUGUGGCAUAUGCAUCGACUAUGAUAUCUUACAAGAAAUUUCUGCAAAUAUAAAAUAUAAUCAAUGAAAAGAAGAUAGGGAAUGGAUAUUACAUUAAAUGUCAAAAAAGACUAUUUAUAAAAAAAGAAGGAGAGUUGUAUAGACGUGAAGCAGUGUUAUCCUAAUUAUUAUUACAUCGAAUACCAACGAAAAUGCCGGUUUAUCAAGAAGCAGAAGUACUAAUCUUUUUCUAUCAUAAUAAAUAAAUCAAAUUCAAGCACAGACAAUUAUUGUUAUUCAUCCUGGUUCUAUGUAUCUUCGUAUGGGUCGUGCUUCUGAUUUGAAGCCUAUUACAUUAUUGCAUGCAGUGGCAAGGAGACGUUUAUCAAAUGGGACAAAGUACAAAGAUAGUUUCUUACCUCCAGCUGUGACACUAACGAAGGAGCUAACACAGGGAAUGGAAGAGUCUCGGCUGCAAGUGUCGCAUACUCUACAAUCUUGUUUACAAUCGGAUGGUAGCAGAAGAUACGCAACUCCACCACAGCAGAUAGCAGCUUUCAAUCGCAGAUCUAGUCCAGAAGUCUCUUCACCGGGUAACAUGAAGUGGACAAAAACCGAUCGCAAUAUAGUAGUCGGUGAUGACAUCUUAUCGCUAGAUCCAGAGGAAGAAUCCAAUUUUAAUAUCCAUUUUCCAUACAAAAGAGGCGAACUUAAUAUUCAUUUGGGUCCAGGCGGCAGUUUGACAGCUAUCAUGGCAGAUUUGAAAACAAUCUGGGAAUAUGUGCUGACUGAGAAACUAGAUAUUCCCUUGAGAGACUUGAAGCAUUAUCGUGCAGUGCUCGUUAUACCAGAUAUUUAUCAUCGACCUUACUUGAAAGAAUUGACUACAUUAUUGCUAGACGAGAUUGGUUUUGGCCGCUGUAUUCUGUUACAAGAUCAUGUAGGUGCAAUGUUUGGAGCAGGUCUUGGUUAUGCGUGUGUAGUCGAUGUUGGAGCUCAGAAGAUAUCAGUAUCCUGUGUGGAAGAUGCAAUCUCUCAUAAGGACACGCGAGUGCGAAUGGAUUACGGCGGAGCAGAUGUCACACAGACGUUUUUCUGGCUUCUGCAAAAAUCCGCAUUUCCAUAUAAAUUAUGCGAUCCUGCAAACAAACUGGAUGCAUUACUCUUAGAUCAACUAAAGAUAGAUUUUUGUCACGUGGAUUUAAAUGUGUGUGGCUCACAGGAGAAAACAUUUGUCGUUAGAAAACCCAAGCAACAAACAGAAACAUAUACUUUGCAGGUGGGCGAUGAAUGUUUAAUAGCGCCUUUAAGCUUAUUUCAACCAGAAUUGUUUAGAAUUACUGGAACACAUAAUGUUCACGUUCAGAAACGGUCAUCGGGAGAUCCAGAAGAUCCUUAUGACGAGAAUUAUUUAAGGGAAACGAGUAGGCGUGGGAUGAAAGAAACUCUUGAUCAUUCGUCAGAAAUGCAAGAGGAGACGGCGACUGCACCUGCAACUGCUGGCGAGGACGAAGUUGUAGUUGAUGCAGUCGGCGAUUCUGCACCCAGUUUAUCCAAUCGAGAUUUAGAUGCUCCCCGAGAUUUCGUGGUCCCGCAACAAUUGCUAGGUCUUGAUCAAGCUAUUCUGCAGAGCAUUGAACGAUGUUCCAAUGAUGAUUUCAAGCGAAAAAUGUAUAGUUGUGUACUGGUCGUUGGAUCGGGUUUGAAAUUUAAGGGCAUUGGCAUGUGGCUUCGCAACAGAAUAUCUCUUCAAACACCUUACAUGUAUAGGCCUGAACAACUGGACAUUAUAACGCAACCGAAGGAUAUGGAUCCUGGUAUGACAACAUGGAAAGGUGCAGGGAUUUUGAGCUGUCUGGAAUCAGCACAGGAAUUAUGGAUUACUCGAACUGAAUGGCAUCGUUGGGGAGUUAGGAUAUUAAGAGAAAGAUCUCCAUUUUUAUGGUAAAAAACAAUCACUACAUUAUUUUAUAAUUGUAGCACUAUCAAACACAACUAAUUAAAUGUUCAAUAAGUUACGACUUUUUAAUUGUAACUGAUACAAAUACACCUAUACAGAUCUAUUUACAUUUUUGUAUUUAGAAAAAUAAAUAAAUUAAUUAAUAAAAAAAAUAAAUUCCA